AUGGCUUUAGCUCCUCAAGAAAAUGAAAAGAUUCUUGAUAUGGCAUCUGCGCCUGGUGGAAAAACCACUUACAUAGCUGCACUUAUGAAAAACACUGGCAUUAUAUUUGCAAAUGAUUCCAAUAAAGAGAGAAUAAAAGGUCUUGUGUCAAAUAUCCACCGAUUAGGUGUUAAGAAUGCAGUAGCGUGUAAUUAUGACGGUCGUGAGUUCCCUACUGUUAUGGGUGGAUUUGAUCGGGUUCUUUUGGAUGCACCAUGUAGUGGUACCGGUGUUAUUUCUAAGGAUCCUUCUGUAAAAAUAAAUAAAGUAAGCAAUUUAAAAGUCGACUUUGCUAUUGAUGUACUGUUAACUCACAAAGAUUUUAUGCUACUACCUCAUUUACAAAAAGAGCUCAUCUUAUCAGCGAUUGAUUCAGUUGACGCGAAAUCAUCAACGGGUGGUUAUAUUGUUUACUCCACAUGUUCAGUAACUGUUGACGAAAAUGAAGAUGUAGUAAAUUAUGCGCUUAAAAAACGACCUAAUGUAAAAUUGGUUCCAACUGGUUUAGAUUUUGGCCAAGAAGGAUUUACAAAGUACCGUGGAAAAAUAUUUCACCCUUCAUUAAAAUUAACGAGGAGAUAUUAUCCUCAUGUACAUAAUAUGGAUGGAUUCUUUGUGUCAAAAUUCAAAAAAUUCUCAAAUCAAUACGCUCAUACGAAUAAAGAUGAUGCUACAAAGGAUAACGAGAAUCUUGAAGAUAACAUUGAUCAGAAUGAUGUUCAUUUUAAUGAUGAAGAAGAUCAAAAAUAUAUUCAAG